AAGAGGAACUGAUCAAUGGAGUCUCUUGAAAAUCUUCUCUGCAAGAUGCUGGUUUUGCAUAUCUAUUUUCUACUCCUCACAUUCUCUUUUUGCUCUUGUUCUUCUGAUACCAUAUCUAUCGACAAAACCUUAAGAGAUGGUGAACUUCUUGUUUCUAAAUCUAAAACCUUUGCUCUUGGAUUCUUCACUCCAGGAAAGUCCGCCUCUCGCUAUGUUGGAAUUUGGUACUACAAUUUGCCAAUCCAAACUGUUGUUUGGGUUGCAAACAGAGAUGCUCCCAUCAAUGACACUUCUGGGAUUUUAUCCAUUGACCCAAAUGGAAAUCUAGUAAUUCACCACAACCAUAGCACCAUUCCCAUUUGGUCUACCGAUGUUUCAUUUCCACAAUCACAAAGAAAUAGCACCAAUGCUGUUAUAGCGAAAUUAUCAGACAUAGCAAACCUUGUUCUGAUGAUAAACAACACAAAAACUGUCAUCUGGGAAAGCUUUGAUCAUCCCACAGACACCUUGCUUCCAUAUCUAAAGAUAGGGUUUAAUAGAAAAACUAAUCAAAGCUGGUUCCUUCAAUCCUGGAAGACAGAUGAUGACCCUGGAAAAGGUGCGUUCACGGUGGAAUUCAGCACCAUUGGUAAACCUCAGUUGUUUAUGUACAACCAUAACCUUCCAUGGUGGCGUGCUGGACAUUGGAAUGGAGAACUGUUUGCAGGUGUACCUAAUAUGAAACGAGAUAUGGAAACUUUUAACGUUUCUUUUGUGGAAGAUGAAAACUCCGUAGCAAUCUCAUAUAACAUGUUUGAUAAGUCUGUCAUCGCUAGGAAAGUUGUUAAUCAAUCUGGUUUCUUUCAAAUAUUCACGUGGGGGAAUGAAAAGAAUCAAUGGAACCGGUUCUAUUCAGAACCAACAGACCAAUGUGAUAACUAUGGAACAUGUGGAUCAAACAGUAAUUGUGACCCUUUUAACUUUGACGACUUUAAGUGCACUUGUUUACUUGGUUUUGAACCAAAAUUUCCACGUGAUUGGUAUGAGAGUAGAGAUGGGUCGGGAGGGUGUGUAAGGAAGAAAGGUGCAUCUAUUUGUGGGAAUGGAGAAGGGUUUAUAAAAGUUGUAAGUGUGAAAGUUGCUGAUAUAUCUGGAGCAGUUGCCAUAGAUGGUUUGAGUUUGGAAGAAUGUGAGAAAGAAUGCUUGAGAAAUUGCUCUUGUACUGCCUAUGCAGUUGCUGAUGUGAGGAAUGGUGGUAGUGGAUGUUUGGCAUGGCAUGGGGAUUUAAUGGACAUUCAAAAACUUAGUAGUGAUCAAGGCCAAGAUUUAUUUUUACGCGUCGAUAAAGUUGAACUAGCUAAUUACAACAAAAAAAGCAAAGGAGCACUUGACAAAAAGAGGUUGGCUGCAAUUCUGGUAGCUUCUAUUGUUGCAAUUGUCAUCCUCCUCUCCUGUGUAAAUUACAUGUGGAAGAAAAAAACAAAGGAUAAAAUGAUGCGGCAAAUAAACCAUGACUCCUCAGUAGAAGAGAAUGGUGCUCCAAACAACAGACAUCCAAAUCUACCCUUUUUCAGCUUUAAAACGAUAAUGACAGCUACAAAAAAUUGUGAUCAUAAGAAUAAGCUUGGACAAGGUGGAUUUGGCUCUGUCUACAAGGGUUGCUUGGUUAAUGGACAAGAGAUUGCAGUUAAAAGAUUGUCCAGAGAUUCUGGUCAAGGCAAAGUAGAGUUUAAAAAUGAAAUUACACUUUUAGUUAAACUCCAACACAGAAAUCUAGUGAGGUUGCUCGGUUGUUGCUUUGAAAAAGAAGAAAGGAUGUUAGUUUAUGAAUACCUACCAAACAAAAGCCUAGACUUCUUUAUAUUCGAUCAAAACCAAAGGUCAUCAUUGGAUUGGGUAAAGCGUUUUGAAAUCAUUUGUGGGAUUGCUCGAGGUGUUUUAUAUCUUCACCAAGAUUCAAGGCUGAAAAUAAUUCAUAGAGAUCUAAAAGCCAGCAAUGUUCUCCUUGACGCUGCAAUGAAUCCCAAAAUCUCAGAUUUUGGUAUGGCUAGAAUAUUUGGAGAAGAUGAAAUCCAAGCAAGAACAAAAAGAGUGGUCGGAACAUAUGGAUAUAUGUCACCAGAAUAUGCAAUGGAAGGACGAUAUUCAACAAAAUCUGAUGUCUUCAGUUAUGGGGUCUUACUACUGGAGAUUAUUGCUGGCAAGAGAAACACACAUUGUGAAAUUGGAAGAGACUCCCCAAAUUUAAUUGGACAUGUGUGGACACUAUGGACAGAAGAAAGAGCCUUGGAUAUUGUUGAUCCAGCACUAAACCAGUCUUAUCCUCUUGAUAUAGUUCUGAGAUGCAUUCAAAUUGGACUUUUGUGUGUGCAAGAAAAUGCAAUUAAUAGACCAUCAAUGUUAGAAAUUGUUUUCAUGCUAUGCAAUGAAACACCUCUCUGCCCACCUCAAAAACCAGCAUUUUAUUCAAUGGCAACCAUGAAUUGCAAGAACCAUCAACAUCAGGAUCUUCAAACAUUUCUAGAGGUUCUUGAGAAACAAAAAAACUCAAUGGACUCUGCUAAAAAUCUUCUCUACCUUAGCACAGUCGAAAAUCAUAAAAACAAAUUGUUAGUGUUAGAUUACUCUUUGAUUCUACUAUGUCUCACCUUAUCUUUUUGCCCUUGUUCUUCUGAUACCAUAACUAUUCACAAACCCAUAAGAGAUGGUGAACUUCUCAUUUCUAAAUCUAAAACAUUUGCUCUUGGAUUCUUCACUCCAGGAAAGUCCACCUCUCGCUAUGUUGGAAUCUGGUACAACAAUUUGCCGAUCCAAACUGUUGUUUGGGUUGCAAAUAGAGAUGCUCCCAUCAAUGACACUUCUGGAAUUCUAUCAAUCAACCAAAAUGGGAAUCUAGAACUCCACCACAACCUUAGCACCAUUCCCAUUUGGUCUACCAAUGUUUCAUUAACACAGUCACAAAGAAAUAACACCAAUGUUAUAGCUCAACUAUUGGAUAUAGGAAACCUUGUUCUGAGGUUAAACGACACCGAAACUGCCAUCUGGGAAAGCUUUGAUCAUCCCACAGACACAAUGCUUCCGUAUCAAAAGAUUGGUUUUGAUAGAAAAAUUAAUCAAAGUUGGGUCCUUCAAUCCUGGAAGACAGAUGAUGACCCUGGAAAAGGUGCGUUCACGGUGAAAUUCAGCACCAUUGGCAAACCACAAUUGUUUAUGUACAACCAUGAUCGUCCUUGGUGGCGUGGUGGACAUUGGAAUGGAGCAAUAUUAGUAGGCCUACCUCAUAUGAUAGGAGAUAUGGCAGUUCGUAAUGUUUCUUGGGUUGAAGAUGACAACUAUGUAUCACUCUCAUAUAACAUGUUUAAUAAGUCUGUCAUUACAAGGAUAGUGGUUCAGCAAUCUGGUUUCUUUCAAACAUUCAUGUGGGACAGUCAAGAGAGUCAAUGGAGCCGGUACUGGUCUGAACCAACAGACCAAUGUGCUAACUACGGAACAUGUGGACCAAACAGUAAUUGUGACCCUUUGAACUUUGAGAGCUUUAAGUGUACUUGUUUACUUGGUUUUGAACCAAAAUUUCCACGUGAUUGGUAUGAGAGUAGAGAUGGGUUGGGAGGAUGUGUAAGAAAAAGAGGUGCAUCUGUUUGUGGGAAUGGAGAAGGGUUUAACAAAGUUUUAAGGGUGAAAGUUCCUGAUAUAUCUGGGGCAGUUGCCAUAGAUGGUUUGACUUUGGAAGAAUGUGAGAAAGAUUGCUUGAGAAACUGUUCUUGUAAUGCCUAUGCAGUUGCUGAUGUGAGGAAUGGUGGUAGUGGAUGUUUGACGUGGCAUGGGAAUUUAAUGGACAUUCAAAAACUUAGUAAUCAGGGCCAAGAUUUAUUUUUGCGCGUCGAGAAAGUUGAACUUGCUAAUUACAACAAAAAAAGCAAAGGAGUCCUUGAUAAAAAGAGGUUAGCUGCAAUUCUUGUAGCUUCUAUAGUUGCAAUUGUCAUCCUCCUCUUCUGUGUGAAUUACAUGUGGAAGAAAAAGAGAAAGGAUAAAAUGAUGCCGCAACCAAACCAAGAUUCCUCUGGGGAAGAGAAUGAUACCCAAAGCAACACGCAUCCAAAUCUACCCUUUUUCAGCUUUAAAACGAUAAUGACAGCUACAAGAAAUUGUGAUCUUGAGAAUAAGCUUGGACAAGGUGGAUUUGGCUCUGUCUAUAAGGGCUUUUUGGAAAAUGGACAAGAGAUAGCAGUGAAAAGAUUGUCCAGAGAUUCUGGUCAAGGCAAAGAAGAGUUUAAGAAUGAAAUUAAACUUUUAGUUAAACUCCAACACAGAAAUCUAGUGAGGUUGCUCGGUUGUUGCUUUGAAAAAGAAGAAAGGAUGCUAGUUUACGAAUACCUAUCAAACAAAAGCCUAGACUUCUUUAUAUUCGAUCAAAACCAAAGGUCAUCAUUGGAUUGGGUUACGCGUUUUGAAAUUAUUUGUGGGAUUGCUCGAGGUGUAUUAUAUCUUCAUCAAGAUUCAAGGCUGAAAAUAAUCCAUAGAGAUCUAAAAGCCAGCAACGUUCUCCUUGAUGCUGUAAUGAAUCCCAAAAUCUCGGAUUUUGGUAUGGCUAGAAUAUUUGGAGAAGAUGAAAUUCAAGCUAGAACAAAAAGAGUUGUUGGAACAUAUGGAUAUAUGUCUCCGGAAUAUGCAAUGCAAGGACGAUAUUCAACAAAAUCUGAUGUCUUCAGUUAUGGGGUCUUACUACUGGAGAUUAUUGCUGGCAAGAGAAACACACAUUGUGAGACAGGAAGAGACUCCCCAAAUUUAAUUGGACAUGUGUGGACACUAUGGACAGAAGGAAAAGCCUUGGAUAUGGUUGAUCAAGCACUAAACCAUUAUUAUUCUUCUGCUAUAGUUCUAAGAUGCAUUCAAAUUGGACUCUUGUGUGUGCAAGAAAAUGCAAUUAAUAGACCGUCAAUGUUAGAUGUUGUUUUCAUGCUAUGCAAUGAAACACCUCUUUGCCCACCUCAAAAACCAGCAUUUUUAUUCAAUGUACGCCAAGAUUUGCCAGAGUCGUCAACUUCAGGAGGAGGAUCUUCAAUAAAUGAACUAACAGAAACUACCAUCAGCGCUCGCUGAAAACUACCAUCAGCAUUUUUGAAUACUGUACCUUUGACAAACUCUUUUGACCUUUUGAAUUAUUUGAAUAACACUUCGGAUCGGGAGGCUAUGGUUGAGGAACUGAAUAGUGGCUUUGACUUCACCAAUGUGAAUAAAGCUGCUAUUCAAUCUUUGGUUGUAAGCCCCAAGUUAACUAGCUAUUCAGAGAACAUGGUCAUAGGUACCUCUAUUGCUGAUUUAACUAUGGAGUCUCUGCAGCAACCAAUGCCUCAGCCUAUCACUACCAAUUACAUCUCUCUGACAUGUGACAAGCUUCCUGUUUUUCCUGUCUUGAAACCUGUGAAUUCUAGAUUGGAAGCUGCAGCUGCUUCAUCUGCAGCAGCUCAGAACAGUGUGGCCAUUCUGCCAAAGUCUUGGGGAGACCUUAUUGAUGAAGAAACUGAUACUACCUUAGAGAAGGAGCUAGCUUUCCACCUAGUGGAGAAUUCAUCUAUUUGUCUAGAUAGUCAAGUCUUAAAUUUGUGUCCUGAUAGAAGUGUUCACACUAGUAAUUUGAUGGAUAUGAAUGCUGAGAUGUUGGUAACAGUACCAAAAGACACCAGCAUUGUUCCUACCCAUAGUGAUGCUGCUUAAGAAGUGUUGAAAUUUUAAAAAAGGUCUGGGGGGAUACUCCAUCUGCUGAUCAGGAUCAGAUAGACAAAGAGGAUGAUGGUAAAACUGAUAAGUCUUUUACUCCUUUUGUCUCAAAUAGACAGAAGAAGAAUAAAUUGCAGCUGUCUAAAGGGCUGAAAGAUGAUUGCAUUCCUUAAUCUAAUAUGUAAAUUUUGGUUUAUACUUGCACCUUGGAAUUGAGUUUGCAGACAUUCAUAGAGGUUUAUACUAAGUAUUUAUUAGUAUGAUGUAAAUUAUGUCCAUUU